AUGUCCACCCCGCAAGCAAACACCCUCACCGCGAGCUAUGCCGUGUUCUCGGACGACUCGGACUCGGGCUCGGACUCGGACUCGGGCUCGAGCUCACACUCCUCUGCCGCAUCGUCCUCGUCGACAGAACGAAAAACGACAUCAAACACGCUUGAGAUCAAGGCCGAUGCACGGUCGUCGUCAGAGUCAUCUUCGCCAUCCAUGUCCUCAUCGUCGUCGUCAUCCGCGGACGCCGCCACACCCGCCACGCCCGCCAUCGCUGGGAAGACGCCUCAUUGUCCGGCGCCUCCUCGCCCCGAGCACCGCCCACAUGUUUCUUCAUCCUCGUCGACCUCCUCGUCCUCAUCCUCCGCAUCUCCUCCGCCAUCGCGCACUGGCGCUACUCCGCAGCGGGCCGCUUCGGUGAGAUCCAGCUCGGGAUCCGAUGCGUCGGAGUCGUCGACAGCGUCAUCGGAUUGCGUGCGAGAAUGGGUCCCGGAUGAGCUAGAGGUGACCGAGUUCGAUGCCAUGUUUGCAGCGUGUGGCGCUCAGGUUGAAGAUCCGCCGUCUCCGCUCGUGCCUCCUCGCCCGGCGCCAGCGCUCGCACCGGUUCGCCCUGCACCGACUCUGGUGACGUCCUCGCCGCAAGCUGCGGCGCCCCGACAUGUGCGCUCCACCUCGACAUCCAAGUCGGUCACCUACCUGCAGAUCAUGGUCAUUCAUCAGAGCCGAACCAAGAUCCAGUUCAAGCCCGAGGUGGCGUUCAGGUUCCACGGAUCGGAGGAGGAGUUUAUGGUGACACUGCAGAAAAACGACUGGACGGCCAAGUCCAAGAUGUACUCGGGCGGCAUCGUCGAAUAUUCGCUCGAGUGGUUCUCGGCCAUGGGCUUUCUGGAGCUGAUGAACAAGCUCGGCGGAUGGCGGCUGGUCUCGUUCGAGUACGUGGCCAAGUCUGCGGUGGUGGCCGGCAAGAAAAACCGCGCGGGCGUUCACGCCGUCCGCGAGCUGCUGCUCGCCCGCCCGGCCGCGUCGAUCCUUGUCCCGGCCGCCAAGUAUCUCACCGUGUACGCCACCGCCAAGGCCAAGACGCUCACGAUCACCGUCCACCUCGCCCACGGCUUUGGCGACAAGCAGCUCGCCGCCCGCUUCCUCCGUUGGCUCAAGGACCACCCGGACACUGCAAGAGUCAACGCAGAAACCGCUCGUGACACGCCCAACAUCAAGUUCAGCAUCAGCCACGCCCGCGGCGCCUUUUCCAUCACAGACGCUCUCGAGCAGUUUGCCAUCCUCACCGGCUAUCGGCUUGUUGCCCACGCCCGCGGCGGCGUUACGUCAUGAGCAAGUAGUUCUCGCCGCAGGUAGGCUACAUCGGUGACACCGCCGAUUCGAUGAGGACCGACGUGUCGUGGACAAACGACUCGGCCUGGGCCACAAACGCCGCCGCCGCCGACUGCGCCCGUGACAGCUGACUGCUGAGGUUGUAGCUAGCGAGCGCAGCGCGCAUAGUGCCCACCACAUCAGCAAACGAAUCGAGCGACGA